AUGGACUUCGAAGUAAAGCCCAUUUACAAGAGGGCGGAGAAGGCGAAAGCGCUCGAGAAGCACGAGAGGGAGGUUCUGAGGUCCAUCAAGAAAGCACACGCCAAGACAGCCGAGCAGAUCCAGUAUCAACACCACGCCGCUAAGCAACUAGCUCAAGAGUGCGAGUUUCGACACCGAGAGUCCGUGCAGCACGGCGACGAGUUCCUGCGCGACUUCCUUCGGUGCCACUUCGAGCAGUACCUGGAUCACAUCCGCAUCAUCAGCGGCCAGACGCUCGAGGAGGUCAAGAUGAUCGGCAACGAGAAGGACCAGAAGCUCGGUGUGCGCCAGUGCCGCAGACUGUUCAAUGCGCCUGUUCUCAGCGACCAGAUCGGAUAUCUUCUGUGGUGCGAGUUGAGGCAGGGUAAGGCGCUUGAUCAUAGCCACGAGAGGCAGACAGAGGUGAUGACAGAGCGGGGAGGCAUCUCCAUGGAGGAUGCCAGAGUUGGACACGCGAACGAACUCCGGCACGGCCAAAACGAGUACUCGAGUAGCGCGAACUACCGCCGAACCAAAACGUGGGCCGGUACGAGACAUUCGAUCGUGUUCUCCCGACCAGAGGGCGAAGCACCAGUUUCAGCAUCGGCACCGGUCUCGCCCAUUUCUUCGAUACCAGAGACCGAGCCCCCAAAGGAAAUAUCACAGAAGAUGGACAUGAAGAAGAGGAAACCAGCCGGAGCAUGCCUGCAACCGGAGGCCGACCUUCCUGGCCCACCUGAUCGGGCAAUCGGAACGAGCCGAGGACAGGGAUGUCGUCAGUAUCAUUCGCGGAAGAUUCGCCAGGAACCAUCGCAACUCAAUCUCCGCGUUCACAUACCGGUACGCGAUGGAUUCAGCACGACAUCCAAGCGGUCCAGAAUUCCGGUUCCUGCCAAGACGUGGCCUUUCUUGGCGAUGAAGUUCCUCCCGUCCCUCCAACUGCUCGCCGCAGCCGCAGCGCCGGUCAGCGCUGCCUUCACAUGGCAGAACGUCAAGAUCGGCGGCGGCGGCGGUUUCGUGCCCGGCAUCGUCUUCCACCCCACCGCUAAGGGCGUCGCCUACGCGCGUACCGACAUUGGCGGUCUCUACCGGCUCAACGCCGAUGACGACUCUUGGACGGCCGUGACCGAUGGGAUCACGGAUGAUGCGAACUGGCACAACUGGGGUGUCGAUGCACUAGCUCUGGACCCUCAGGAUGAGAACGCAGUUUAUGCUGCUGUUGGCAUGUAUACCAACGACUGGGACCCCAACAAUGGUUCCAUCAUCAAGAGCACCGACAAGGGCGCGACAUGGUCGACCACAGCCCUGCCCUUCAAAGUCGGCGGCAACAUGCCAGGCCGCGGAACAGGCGAGCGACUCGCCGUCGACCCGGCCAACUCCGAGAUCCUGUAUUUCGGAGCGCGAAGUGGCAACGGGCUCUGGAAGAGCACCGACGCCGGCGCAACCUUCGCCAAGGUGUCUUCCUUCACGGCCGUAGGAACGUACAUUGCCGACCCUACCGACGUCGGCGGCUACAACGGGGACAUUCAGGGGCUUACAUUCGUCACCUUUGACUCGACAAGCGGUACGACCGAUGGCGCCACGUCGCGGAUCUUCGUGGGUACGGCCAGCAACGACACUUCUAGCGUCUAUGUGAGUGAGGAUGCCGGUGCGACGUGGGCUGCUGUGGCGGACCAACCGGGCACAUUCUUCCCGCACAAGGCCGUGCUACAGCCAGCCGAGAAGGCGCUGUAUCUGACCUACAGUGAUGGAACUGGUCCGUACGACGGUACCCUGGGUGCUGUCUAUCGGUAUGACAUCUCGAACAGUACUUGGACCAACAUAACGCCCGUAUCAGGGAGUGAUCUCUAUUUCGGCUUUGGCGGAAUCGGAGUCGACAUGCUGGUACCUGGUACCAUCGUCGUCGCGAGUCUGAACUCGUGGUGGCCGGAUGCGCAGAUCUUCCGCUCCACCGACUCGGGCGCCACGUGGUCGAAGAUCUGGGAGUGGUCGAGCUAUCCUGAUAUGAACCUUUACUAUAGCGAAUCAACCCCGAAAGCGCCCUGGAUAACAACGGGUUUCCUCGAUACUGACACCAAGGACCUGGGCUGGAUGAUCGAGUGUCUCGUCAUCGAUCCCCUGGACAGCGACCACUGGCUGUACGGUACCGGCUUGACCAUGUUCGGCGGCCACGACUUGACAAACUGGGACACCAUCCACAACAUCACCAUCCAGUCACUAGCCGACGGCAUCGAAGAGUUCGCCGUCCUGGACCUUGCAUCACCUCCGGGCGGAAGCGAAUUACUUGCCGCCGUCGGCGACGACAGCGGUUUCACCUUCGCGUCCGCCAGUUUCCUAAGAACAUCGCCCAACACCCCUUGGAUGAACCCCAUCUUCACAUCAACAACAAGCGUCGACUACGCCGGCGCCUCGGUGCAGAAUGUGAUCCGCAUCGGCAACUCAGCCGGCACGCAGCAAGUCGCCGUGUCCGCCGACGGCGGCGCGACCUGGAACGCCUACUCGGGCGCCGACACCACCAUGGCCAGCGGCACCGUGGCCUACUCGGCCGACGCCGACACCGUCCUCUGGUCGACGGGCACGAGCGGCGUCCAGCGCUCGCAGUACCAAGCCACCUUCUCUGCUGUCGCGAGCCUGCCCUCUGGCGCCGUUGUCGCCUCGGACAAGCAGAAUAACACCGUUUUCUACGCUGGCUCCGGGUCAAGUUUCUAUGUUAGCACUGACACCGGGGCCACUUUUGCCACGGCCGGCUCCCUUGGCAGCGCCACGGCCAUCCGUGACAUCGUGUCUAACCCCCUCUCGUCCGCCCAGAUCUUUGUCUCGACCGACGUGGGCGUCUUCCACUCGACGGACUACGGCGCGUCGUUCACGCUGACGUCCACCACGCUGACCAAUACGUACCAGAUCGCGCUCGGGCUCGGUUCUGGGAGUACCUGGAAUCUUUACGCUUUUGGGAUAGGCGCCGCGGGCGCCCGGCUCUACGGCAGCGCCGACAACGGCGCGUCCUGGACCGACAUCCAGGGCGAUGCUCAGGGCUUCGGCUCCAUUAGCGGUGCUAUUUUGGAGGGCAGUGGGAAUACGGCCGGGCAGGUGUGGGAGCAGCGGUGGGAGUACCUCGUCGACUACGCUGGUGACGUCGACGACGACGUCGCGGGUGACAUCUGCGUCUUCGACCGCUGUCCCGACGACCACUGUCUCGCCAACCACUGUGCCGACGACCGCUGUGCCGACGACAACAACGUCGGUUAG